AGUAUGUGUCAUCGAAUCAAAAUUUUAGUAUAUAUUGUGUCAUGUGUUAUUAAUGGUUAUUUUAUUUUUAUAUACGCGAUAUUUUCUUUUAUGAAAUGAUAGUGAAAAACAUUUUAAAAUAAGGUGAAUUUGAUAUUGUGCAAGUACGUGAUAUAAUAAAAUAAGAACAUGUCCCGUCAUCCCCAAUACGAAUAUCGUCAUAAUGCUCAACACAAAUAUUACGUCGACAACGAUAAUAAUGAAACAGAAUUCACCGAUAGCGAUUGUCAGAUGGAUACUGCCCGCCGAAAUCUACACACAAUUCCAGCACCACCUCAUUUGGAUGAAAUUUAUAGCAAGCAUUCCACGAUAGUUCCCAUUAAAGUGGUACCACUAAAAAAAGCUACCAAAAUGGUGUCUACUCAACAGUCAGAAAAAUUUGUGCAGGAGUCAUAUUACGAUCAAAAUACCAUCCCCGCUGCCACUACGCUCCCUCGCAAAGCUUAUUACCCUAACAGAUUUGAUUCCCCAAGAAACAUUUACCCGGUGUGUACAGCAUUCCAUCCGGAUUCUGAUCAUUAUGUAAACGCAUUUACGAACCCCUACCAUAAUCAGCAGCUUCAACAGUUCAACUGUCACAAUUGUCACGCAAAAUCAACAGGCUCUAAGCGGUUCCCGGUUAAAGUGAGGACACCAAAGUAUUACAAAAAACCACAAUCUAGCGGAGUGUUUAAACGACCUUCCGCCCUUUGUCUGCCGGUCGCGACCCAGCCCGAUCCGGCGGUAAUUCGCCGGCCCAAAAGGGCCUAUUUCAGCGAAAACAUCUACGGAAUGCAAGAAACGCAGGAGCUGAAGAGCUUACAGUCGAUGAUCGCCGACCAGCUGGAAAUACCACCCCAUCGAGUAGAUUCGGAAGGUGAUGUUAACGCAAGUGUAAAAAGUUUAAAAGUUCCACCUCUUGAAAAAUAUUUUGAAGGAAUUGAAAAGAACAAUAUUUCCCAAAAUAGUGAUAACAAUUCUGAUUUGGCGAAAAUUACCAAAUUGUUAAAACCUAAGAUACCAGCCAGCGUGAAAGCUCGUCAAGAAAAAAUCAAAGCGAAAACACUGACUAAAAAGCAAAGUUUGGAAAAAAUGGACAAUCAGACUGAAAAACAGGAAAAUAAAGAACCAGCUGACUCUUCUAAGGUUUCAUUAGAAAAAUUACUCAAUCAACUUAAAAAGUGCGAAGAGACAGCAGCAAAGCAAGAUGUUGUAAAAGAAACAGAAUCAAAGAACAAGAGAACUCAAGUGGAUAGGAAAGAACGAAAGAGGAGUGAAUGUGGUGAGAGAAGCGAAUAUACAGACGAGGAGAAAUUUGACGUCAGAAGUUUCAACUACCACGACAUCACCAAUCAUCUGUUUAAAUCGCAGAGCGAUUUUAAAGACACAGAAUCUGUAGUAAGUAUUCAAGAAAUCACUAAGAAAUUAACAUCAAGUGCGAUACGACCACUACAACAAACUUGCAUGAAACCACUUGAUGAUCACCAUGCUCUAGAGUUACACAAAUCCAAGAGUUACAUCGUUAAUCUUAUUGACAGAGCUUUGAGCAAAGAACUAGGAACUGUUCCUUGUGAUCGACAUAGAAGUAACUGCGAAACCAUGAACCGCAAAAAAACCAUCGAACCCACCAACAGACAUGUAGAAAAAUCCGAAAGAGACAUCGCGGUUGAAAUAACCAGCGCGCUUGCAGAGUCUUUGAUAUCCAACGCCACGUGUCACGACAUGGAGGAAUCGGAGAGGAAAGCCUCAAAGGCAAAACUCUGCUACUGUAACUCAGAAGAGCCUAUCUACAUAAAGCAACUGAAGCAGCUACGGUGGGGACAUCUAAAGCACAUCCAGCGGGAAGUAAAACGAUUAGAAGACCUAGAAAGAUUCCUAGAUUCCUGUUCUAUAACUACAGUUCCAGAAAUAUAGUGUGUAAAAAGAAA